AUGGCUAACCUGUUAUCAAGAGAAUUGUGCACCACGUGUGGGAAAGGAACUGGUAUUUUUAAAUGUCAAGGCUGUUUGAAAAUAUUUUGUACGAAACAUUCAGUCGAACAUCGACAAAAACUUCAUAUUGAACUUGAUGAACUUAUUGAAAAACAGGAGAAACAUUUUCAAGAAUUGACGAAAGAAAAUGAUCGUUUUGAUACUAUAAUCAAUGGAAUAAAGAAAUGGGAAAAUGAAUGGAUCGAAAAAGUUAAACAAGUGGCGAAAGAUGCUCAGCUCGAAAUCGAAAAUGCUAGUCAAUCUAUCAAAGAAAUGCUGGAAGAAAAAAUCUCAUCAAUUAAGAAACAACUUAUUCAAGCAAAAGAAGAUGAUGAUUUCAUCGAGAUAGAUUUGACUACUUGGUCAACAGCAUUGGAAGAACUUAAACAAGAUGUUCUCACUCAUUCUCAAGCUAUUCCUUUAUCAGAUAACCCAAAUACAAUGUUGGAACAGAGAAUGAUUGAUAGAACACCCAUUCUAAGCAGUGACGACGACGAAGACUUUGUUUCUGUUACAGGAUCUAUCAUUGAAACUCUUGAUAAGAUUUCACAUUUCUCUAUGGAGACUGCUCGAACGGAAGACAACAUAGUCAGAGGUAUCUUAAUUAAUUCGCUAAGUAAAAUGGUUUCAUGUUAUUUAGAUCGUCAAUGCUCUACUCCAACGAACGACGAAACUUCAACUGAUGAUCAAUCUGAUCAAAGCGAAAAUUUGCAGUGUAAUGCAACUGUAAUGCAAAGCCGUCCUAUUCGUGGUUAUCGUGGGGGUUUUAGAGGUACUCGUGCUACUGUCACCCACAACUACAAGCAAUCUCAAUGUGACCUCAAUACUUAUAGUCCAUGGGAUCAACUAAACUAUCAUGCUUCUACAGAUCGUGGCAGAGGAUCACAUAGACCCACGAAACGUCGGCAACGUAGUCGACAUAAAAAUUGUGAUCAGGGUGAAUAG